CGAGCCGGUGAUGCCGCUGGUGCUGAGGAGAGAGCAUCUCCUGCCGCAGAGAGGCCGGGCGCUGCUCGGAGGGACGGUGAUGGUGAGGUGGUGACUCGGUUCACACCGGGAGCUCUCCGGCCUGUGGCGGUCAGGACUCGGUUCACACCGGGAGCUCUCCGGUCUGUGGCGGUCAGGACUCGGUUCACACCGGGAGCUCUCCGGUCUGUGGCGGUCAGGACACCCGGAGCUCAGCCAUGGUGGAUUUGGCCCAGCGUGCCACGGUGUCGCCCGGACUCUGCAGACACGGACAGCCAGGCUCCGGCUCAACUAAUAACGGGAGGAAACCGUCCAAAAAGUCGCGAACGAAACGAAGCAGACGAGGCAGAAGAAGAAGGAACAAAAGAAGCAGAAACGAUCAAACACCGCCACCGUUUUUACCACCGGAGGCCGAAGAAGGAAACAUUGAAUAUAAGUUGAAGCUGGUCAACCCCACUCAGUAUCGCUUUGAGCAUCUGGCCACGCAGCUUAAGUGGCGCCUUCAGGAGGGCCGUGGCGAGGCUGUCUACCAGAUUGGAGUGGAAGACAACGGCCUGCUGGUUGGUCUGACGGAGUCCGACAUGAAGGCUUCUCUCAAGACCUUGAAGAGGAUGGCAGAGAAGGUUGGAGCUGAUAUCACACUGCUCAGAGAAAGGGAAGUGGACUAUGAUCUAGACAGGAACAACCGAAAAAUUGCAGAGGUCCUUGUUCGAAAAGUUCCUGAUGAUCAGCAGUUUCUGGAUCUGCGAGUGGCAGUGCUGGGUAACGUGGACUCGGGGAAGUCGACCCUGCUUGGUGUUCUGACACAGGGGGAGCUGGACAACGGCCGAGGCCGAGCACGACUCAACCUUUUCAGACACCUGCAUGAAAUUCAGACUGGGCGCACCUCCAGCAUCAGCUUUGAGAUCCUGGGCUUCAAUAGCAAAGGAGAGGUACCUCUGACACCAAGUGUCAGGUGA